AUGCAAAGCGGUUGUCCUGGAUUUCCUCUGACUGUUCUGAACCAUCCUUCAUCACAUACUGCAUUGGCACACCCUUGGGUUGUCGUUGACUGGAUUGUGGUAGAUGUUGAAGCAAUAGUAGUUGAAGUGGAUGGGUAUCCUGUCGUAGAAGUAGAUGGAGCUUCGGUCGUAGAAGUAGACGGCUCUUGGGUAGUCGAGGUCGAUGGAGCUUCGGUAGUUGAAGUCGUCGGAGCUUCGGUAGUCGAGGUCGAUGGAGCUUCGAUGGUCGAAGUUGUCGGAGCUUCGGUUGUAGAAGUAGACGGUUCUUGGGUAGUCGAGGUCGAUGGAGCUUCGGUAGUUGAAGUCGUCGGAGCUUCCGUGGUUGAAGUUGUCGGAGCUUCAGUGGUCGAAGUUGUCGGAGCUUCGGUUGUAGAAGUAGACGGAGCUUCGGUAGUUGAAGUCGUCGGAGCUUCGGUAGUUGAAGUCGUCGGAGCUUCGGUUGUCGAGGUCGAUGGAGCUUCGGUAGUUGAAGUUGAUGGAGCUUCGGUAGUUGAAGUCGUCGGAGCUUCGGUCGUAGAAGUUGUCGGAGCUUCGGUAGUCGAGGUGGUUCGAGCUUCGGUAGUUGAAGUCGUCGGAGCUUCGGUAGUUGAAGUCGUCGGAGCUUCGGUAGUUGAAGUCGUCGGAGCUUCGGUAGUUAAAGUCGUCGGAGCUUCGGUUGUUGAAGUAGACGGAGCUUCGGUUGUCGAUGUCGAUGGAGCUUCGGUAGUUGAAGUCGUCGGAGCUUCGGUAGUUGAAGUCGUCGGAGCUUCGGUCGUAGAAGUUGUCGGAGCUUCGGUAGUCGAGGUGGUUCGAGCUUCGGUAGUUGAAGUUGUUGGAGCUUCGGUAGUCGAGGUCGAUGGAGCUUCGGUAGUUGAAGUCGCCGGAGCUUCCGUGGUUGAAGUCGUCGGAGCUUCCGUGGUUGAAGUUGUCGGAGCUUCGGUUGUAGAAGUUGUCGGAGCUUCGGUAGUCGAGGUGGUUGGAGCUUCCGUGGUUGAAGUUGUCGGAGCUUCGGUAGUCGAGGUGGUUGGAGCUUCGGUAGUUGAAGUUGUUGGAGCUUCCGUGGUUGAAGUUGUUGGAGCUUCGGUAGUCGAGGUGGUUGGAGCUUCCGUGGUUGAAGUUGUCGGAGCUUCGGUUGUAGAAGUUGUCGGAGCUUCGGUAGUCGAGGUGGUUGGAGCUUCGGUAGUUGAAGUUGUCGGAGCUUCGGUAGUCGAGGUGGUUGGAGCUUCCGUGGUUGAAGUUGUUGGAGCUUCGGUAGUUGAAGUUGUUGGAGCUUCGGUAGUUGAAGUCGUCGGAUCUUCCGUGGUUGAAGUUGUUGGAGCUUCAGUAGUCGAGGUGGUUGGAUCUUCGGUAGUUGAAGUUGAUGGAGCUUCGGUAGUCGAGGUUGUCGGAGCUUCGGUCGUAGAAGUAGACGGCUCUUGGGUAGUCGAGGUGGUUGGAGCUUCCGUGGUUGAAGUUGUCGGAGCUUCGGUCGUAGAAGUAGACGGCUCUUGGGUAGUCGAGGUGGUUGGAGCUUCCGUGGUUGAAGUUGUUGGAGCUUCGGUAGUUGAAGUUGUUGGAGCUUCGGUAGUCGAGGUGGUUGGAUCUUCGGUAGUUGAAGUUGUUGGAGCUUCGGUAGUCGAGGUGGUUGGAUCUUCGGUAGUUGAAGUUGUUGGAGCUUCGGUAGUUGAAGUUGUUGGAGCUUCGGUAGUCGAGGUGGUUGGAGCCUCAGUGGUCGAAGUUGUCGGAGCUUCGGUUGUAGAAGUAGACGGUUCUUGGGUAGUCGAGGUCGAUGGAGCUUCGGUAGUUGAAGUCGUCGGAGCUUCCGUGGUUGAAGUUGUCGGAGCUUCAGUGGUCGAAGUUGUCGGAGCUUCGGUUGUAGAAGUAGACGGAGCUUCGGUAGUUGAAGUCGUCGGAGCUUCGGUAGUUGAAGUCGUCGGAGCUUCGGUAGUCGAGGUGGUUGGAUCUUCGGUAGUUGAAGUCGUCGGAGCUUCGGUAGUUAAAGUCGUCGGAGCUUCGGUUGUUGAAGUAGACGGAGCUUCGGUUGUCGAUGUCGAUGGAGCUUCGGUAGUUGAAGUCGUCGGAGCUUCGGUAGUUGAAGUCGUCGGAGCUUCGGUCGUAGAAGUAGACGGUUCUUGGGUAGUCGAGGUGGUUGGAGCUUCCGUGGUUGAAGUUGUCGGAGCUUCGGUAGUCGAGGUGGUUCGAGCUUCGGUAGUUGAAGUUGUUGGAGCUUCGGUAGUUGAAGUCGUCGGAGCUUCCGUGGUUGAAGUUGUCGGAGCUUCGGUUGUAGAAGUUGUUGGAGCUUCGGUAGUCGAGGUGGUUGGAUCUUCGGUAGUUGAAGUUGAUGGAGCUUCGGUAGUCGAGGUUGUCGGAGCUUCGGUCGUAGAAGUAGACGGCUCUUGGGUAGUCGAGGUGGUUGGAGCUUCCGUGGUUGAAGUUGUCGGAGCUUCGGUUGUAGAAGUAGACGGCUCUUGGGUAGUCGAGGUGGUCGGAGCUUCCGUGGUUGAAGUUGUCGGAGCUUCGGUUGUAGAAGUUGUCGGAGCUUCGGUAGUCGAGGUGGUUGGAGCUUCGGUAGUUGAAGUUGUCGGAGCUUCGGUAGUCGAGGUGGUUGGAGCUUCCGUGGUUGAAGUUGUUGGAGCUUCGGUAGUCGAGGUUGUCGGAGCUUCGGUCGUAGAAGUAGACGGCUCUUGGGUAGUCGAGGUGGUUGGAGCUUCGGUAGUUGAAGUUGUCGGAGCUUCGGUAGUUGAAGUCGUCGGAUCUUCCGUGGUUGAAGUUGUUGGAGCUUCGGUAGUCGAGGUGGUUGGAUCUUCGGUAGUUGAAGUUGAUGGAGCUUCGGUAGUCGAGGUUGUCGGAGCUUCGGUCGUAGAAGUAGACGGCUCUUGGGUAGUCGAGGUGGUUGGAGCUUCCGUGGUUGAAGUUGUCGGAGCUUCGGUCGUAGAAGUAGACGGCUCUUGGGUAGUCGAGGUGGUUGGAGCUUCCGUGGUUGAAGUUGUCGGAGCUUCGGUAGUCGAGGUGGUUGGAUCUUCGGUAGUUGAAGUUGUUGGAGCUUCGGUAGUCGAGGUGGUUGGAUCUUCGGUAGUUGAAGUUGAUGGAGCCUCAGUGGUUGAAGUUGUCGGAGCUUCGGUUGUCGAGGUCGAUGGAGCUUCGGUAGUUGAAGUCGUCGGAGCUUCGGUAGUUGAAGUCGUCGGAGCUUCGGUCGUAGAAGUAGACGGUUCUUGGGUAGUCGAGGUGGUUGGAGCUUCCGUGGUUGAAGUUGUCGGAGCUUCGGUUGUAGAAGUUGUCGGAGCUUCGGUAGUCGAGGUGGUUCGAGCUUCGGUAGUUGAAGUUGUUGGAGCUUCGGUAGUCGAGGUCGAUGGAGCUUCGGUAGUUGAAGUCGCCGGAGCUUCCGUGGUUGAAGUCGUCGGAGCUUCCGUGGUUGAAGUUGUCGGAGCUUCGGUUGUAGAAGUUGUCGGAGCUUCGGUAGUCGAGGUGGUUGGAGCUUCGGUAGUUGAAGUUGUCGGAGCUUCGGUAGUCGAGGUGGUUGGAGCUUCGGUAGUUGAAGUUGUUGGAGCUUCCGUGGUUGAAGUUGUUGGAGCUUCGGUAGUCGAGGUGGUUGGAGCUUCGGUAGUUGAAGUUGUUGGAGCUUCCGUGGUUGAAGUUGUUGGAGCUUCGGUAGUCGAGGUGGUUGGAGCUUCCGUGGUUGAAGUUGUCGGAGCUUCGGUUGUAGAAGUUGUCGGAGCUUCGGUAGUCGAGGUGGUUGGAGCUUCGGUAGUUGAAGUUGUCGGAGCUUCGGUAGUCGAGGUGGUUGGAGCUUCCGUGGUUGAAGUUGUUGGAGCUUCGGUAGUUGAAGUUGUUGGAGCUUCGGUAGUUGAAGUCGUCGGAGCUUCCGUGGUUGAAGUUGUUGGAGCUUCGGUAGUCGAGGUGGUUGGAUCUUCGGUAGUUGAAGUUGAUGGAGCUUCGGUAGUCGAGGUUGUCGGAGCUUCGGUCGUAGAAGUAGACGGCUCUUGGGUAGUCGAGGUGGUUGGAGCUUCCGUGGUUGAAGUUGUCGGAGCUUCGGUCGUAGAAGUAGACGGCUCUUGGGUAGUCGAGGUGGUUGGAGCUUCCGUGGUUGAAGUAGACGGAGCUUCGGUAGUCGAGGUGGUUGGAUCUUCGGUAGUUGAAGUUGUUGGAGCUUCGGUAGUCGAGGUGGUUGGAUCUUCGGUAGUUGAAGUUGAUGGAGCCUCAGUGGUCGAAGUUGUCGGAGCUUCGGUAGUCGAGGUGGUUGGAUCUUCGGUAGUUGAAGUCGUCGGAGCUUCAGUGGUCGAAGUUGUCGGAGCUUCGGUAGUCGAAGUUGUCGGAGCUUCGGUUGUAGAAGUAGACGGAGCUUCGGUAGUCGAGGUGGUUGGAUCUUCGGUAGUUGAAGUUGAUGGAGCUUCGGUAGUCGAGGUCGAUGGAGCUUCGGUAGUUGAAGUCGUCGGAGCUUCAGUGGUCGAAGUUGUCGGAGCUUCGGUAGUCGAGGUGGUUGGAUCUUCGGUAGUCGAGGUGGUUGGAUCUUCGGUAGUCGAGGUGGUUGGAUCUUCGGUAGUUGAAGUCGUCGGAGCUUCAGUGGUCGAAGUUGUCGGAGCUUCGGUAGUCGAGGUGGUUGGAUCUUCGGUAGUCGAGGUGGUUGGAUCUUCGGUAGUUGAAGUCGUCGGAGCUUCAGUGGUCGAAGUUGUCGGAGCUUCGGUCGUAGAAGUAGACGGCUCUUGGGUAGUCGAGGUGGUUGGAGCUUCCGUGGUUGAAGUUGUCGGAGCUUCGGUAGUCGAGGUGGUUGGAUCUUCGGUAGUUGAAGUUGAUGGAGCCUCAGUGGUCGAAGUUGUCGGAGCUUCGGUAGUCGAGGUGGUUGGAUCUUCGGUAGUUGAAGUCGUCGGAGCUUCAGUGGUCGAAGUUGUCGGAGCUUCGGUCGUAGAAGUAGACGGCUCUUGGGUAGUCGAGGUGGUUGGAGCUUCCGUGGUUGAAGUUGUUGGAGCUUCGGUAGUCGAGGUGGUUGGAUCUUCGGUAGUUGAAGUUGAUGGAGCCUCAGUGGUCGAAGUUGUCGGAGCUUCGGUAGUCGAGGUGGUUGGAUCUUCGGUAGUUGAAGUCGUCGGAGCUUCAGUGGUCGAAGUUGUCGGAGCUUCGGUAGUCGAAGUUGUCGGAGCUUCGGUUGUAGAAGUAGACGGAGCUUCGGUAGUCGAGGUGGUUGGAUCUUCGGUAGUUGAAGUUGAUGGAGCUUCGGUAGUUGAAGUCGUCGGAGCUUCAGUGGUCGAAGUUGUCGGAGCUUCGGUAGUCGAGGUGGUUGGAUCUUCGGUAGUCGAGGUGGUUGGAUCUUCGGUAGUCGAGGUGGUUGGAUCUUCGGUAGUUGAAGUCGUCGGAGCUUCAGUGGUCGAAGUUGUCGGAGCUUCGGUAGUCGAGGUGGUUGGAUCUUCGGUAGUCGAGGUGGUUGGAUCUUCGGUAGUUGAAGUCGUCGGAGCUUCAGUGGUCGAAGUUGUCGGAGCUUCGGUUGUAGAAGUAGACGGAGCUUCGGUAGUCGAGGUGGUUGGAUCUUCGGUAGUUGAAGUUGAUGGAGCUUCGGUAGUCGAGGUGGUUGGAUCUUCGGUAGUUGAAGUCGUCGGAGCUUCAGUGGUCGAGGUCGAUGGAGCUUCGGUAGUUGAAGUCGUCGGAGCUUCAGUGGUCGAAGUUGUCGGAGCUUCGGUAGUCGAGGUGGUUGGAUCUUCGGUAGUUGAAGUUGAUGGAGCUUCGGUAGUCGAGGUCGAUGGAGCUUCGGUAGUUGAAGUUGAUGGAGCUUCAGUGGUCGAGGUUGUCGGAGCUUCGGUCGUAGAAAUAGACGGCUCUUGGGUAGUCGAGGUGGUUGGAGCUUCCGUGGUUGAAGUUGUCGGAGCUUCGGUUGUAGAAGUAGACGGAGCUUCGGUAGUCGAGGUGGUUGGAUCUUCGGUAGUUGAAGUUGAUGGAGCUUCGGUAGUCGAGGUCGAUGGAGCUUCGGUAGUUGAAGUUGAUGGAGCUUCAGUGGUCGAGGUUGUCGGAGCUUCGGUCGUAGAAAUAGACGGCUCUUGGGUAGUCGAGGUGGUUGGAGCUUCCGUGGUUGAAGUUGUCGGAGCUUCGGUUGUCGAGGUCGAUGGAGCUUCGGUAGUUGAAGUCGUCGGAGCUUCCGUGGUUGAAGUAGACGGCUCUUGGGUAGUCGAGGUGGUUGGAGCUUCGGUAGGUGAAGUCGUCGGAGCUUCAGUGGUCGAAGUUGUCGGAGCUUCGGUCGUAGAAGUAGACGGCUCUUGGGUAGUCGAGGUGGUUGGAGCUUCCGUGGUUGAAGUUGUCGGAGCUUCGGUAGUCGAGGUCGAUGGAGCUUCGGUAGUCGAGGUGGUUGGAGCUUCGGUAGUUGAAGUCGUCGGAGCUUCCGUGGUCGAAGUUGUCGGAGCUCCGGUUGUAGAAGUAGACGGAGCUUCGGUAGUCGAGGUGGUUGGAGCUUCAGUGGUUGAAGUUGUCGGAGCUUCAGUAGUUGGAGUGGUCGGAGCUUCAGGUGUUGUAGACACUGAAAAUUAUUACAUCUUAGUUAAAUUUACAUGUGUUGAUUCUUACCUCCUGGGAAGUCAGGACCGGGUGGUCCAGGAGGGCCAUCAGGACCAGGAGGUCCGGGAGGUCCGUCAGGCCCUGGGGGACCUGGAGGUCCAGGCGGUCCUUCAUAUUCCUCACUGUCUGCUGUAA